GAAAGACUUUGAGGGAAUGAAUUUGUGCCUCAACAGGAGGGAGACUUGCUGCGGCUUCUUGACCUCCGCUCUGAGGAAAACUACAAAGUUGGGACUGACUUUGUUCUUCAUCGCUCGCAGCUCGUAUAACUCUCUAUGUCCGGCGAACAGAAGGAGCCACAAGAGGCUAUGAACAUGUACUCUGUUACCCUCAGCGGCCCAGCGCCGUGGGGCUUCAGGCUGCAGGGAGGCAAAGACUUCAGCAUGCCACUCACUGUGUCAAGGCUUACACCGGGUGGAAAGGCAGCUCAGGCCGGAGUCGGGGUGGGAGACUGGGUGGUCUCCAUCUGUGACGCCAAUGCCGAGGAUAUGACCCACGUGGAAGCACAAAACAAGAUUAGAGCAGCAACAGACUCCCUUACCCUCACCCUCAGCAGAGCCCAAACCGUACAGAGUAAGGAGCAGCGCAGCCAAAGGGUGGAGAACGUGCCCUGUUUUAUCCCCAAUGACCGCAGCAAGAAGAGGCUGAUCGAGGACACCGAGGACUGGCAGCCCCGCACCGGCACCACCCAGUCUCGCUCCUUCCGCAUCCUGGCCCAGCUCACAGGCACCGACUUCAUGCAGGACCCAGAUGAUGAGAAUAUGAAGAGGUCAAGGGAAAAGUUCCUCACUGAGAUUCAGAGUCCUCGUUACGCCCGUCUGAGAGACUGGCACCACGACAGGUCCGCUCGCGCCCUCAAUAUCAAAGUCUGCCUCGAGCCAACUCCUUCCUCUGCCAAGACCCAAGCCGCAGAUAAACCAGAUGGUUCAAAAACGGCAGCGGCGGCGGCGGGAACUUCUGGUCCCUCCUGCAGACCGCCGUGGGUCACAGACCCGAAAUUUGCUGAUCGAUACCGGCCGGACAAAACCAGUACCGUGGUGACCCAGCACCAGCAGCCAGUCCAGCCGACGCCCAUGCAGAACCGCAGCUCCAUCCUUCAGGCAGCGCAGCAGGCGCCCGAAGACAGCGGGAGGACCCCGGUGUGUGGCGCCUGCAACAAAAUCAUCAGGGGUCGGUACCUGGUGGCAUUGGGGCGUUCCUGGCACCCUGAGGAGUUCACAUGCUCCCAGUGUAAGGCGGUCCUGGAGGAGGGCGGCUUCUUUGAGGAAAGGGGCUCCGUCUACUGCACAAAGUGCCACGAUAACCGCUACGCACCCAACUGUGCCAAGUGCAAGAAGAUAAUAACAGGGGAAAUCAUGCACGCCCUGAAGAUGACCUACCACGUUCAGUGUUUCAAGUGUGCAGCCUGUAAGAAUCCCAUCAGGAACCAGGCCUUCUACAUGGAGGAGGGCGAGCCUUACUGUGAGAGAGACUACGAAAAGAUGUUCGGUACCAAAUGCCAUGGCUGUGACUUCAAGAUUGAUGCCGGCGAUCGCUUUCUGGAGGCCUUGGGCUACAGCUGGCAUGACACGUGCUUCGUCUGUGCUCUCUGCCAAAUCAACCUGGAGGGGAAGACGUUCUACUCGAAAAAGGAUAAGCCCCUGUGCAAAGGCCACGCUUUUGCUCCGGUGUAAGAGAGCCGACUACACCUUCAGAGGAAGCAACGCAUCUCCCACCACCUCCUCUUUAUCCCACCCCGCCCUCUGACAAAAUCCACAUCCUGUCUUUGCCAGCCACACACACGGAGUUGAGCGCAAGCUUCUUUUCUAUCCCGCAGACUUUGUUUUUAUACGCCGAGCUCAACGCCAGCUUCACAUACAGUCCACCUCACUGCCUGCAAAGACAAAAGCUGCACUGCAAAACUGGAAGUAAGCAAAGAAUUAUUUCAACUCCGUGGCUACUUGAUUUUUAUCUAAAAAUGGAAAAGGUCGCUCUUGUUUUUUAUCGAGAUUCAUUGCAAUCAUCCUCAAACUCUCUGUAGUGACAUCGGUGGUUUAAAGGAGUCAGUGAGCCUGUAGUAAUCGCACACCUGCAGUGCCCUUUAAUGUGAUGGGAAGCAGUCAGGCAGCAAAGGGGGGCUGCUGCUUUCUGCCUGAUUGGACAGAACCACCAGCCCUUCCAAGAAGCGUGGAGUGGUGCAGGUUCCACCUCAGUGCUGACAAGUCGGAGCCCGUAGUUGAGAAUGUUUGAUGGGGAAAUCCUUAAUUGGUCACAUUUUAAAAUAUCACAGAUGUGUUUUAUGGAAAUCCUCCAUAAUGUAAAGAAAUUCCUCUUUUCUCAUUUCCAAGCCAAAAACGGAAUCAAACUCAAAUUUUUCAUUGUGACAUAAUACCAUGACACCUCAUUGCUGUAGCUCCGUACCGUGUAUUUAAACUGCUUCAGAUCUGGGCUGUGUGUGUUUAUAGCUUACAUUUUCAAAUAAAACUAUUUACUUAACCCACGGAAAA